AACAGAGAGGGAUUUAGGCGCAGGACCAGGCACCCAAGGAAGGACGCACGUGGGCAGGCCAAAUGCAGGUGGAGAUGGACGAGACAUACACCACGUGGCCUCCUCUGUGCUUCCCUGUCUAUGUGUGCAUGUGUUAAUGUGCAUUAAUGGGGGUGUGCGAACCAACUUGGGACUCAAGUUAAUUCCCAGUCAAUGGACACACACCAUGUUAAUGCGCACUAGUGCAACUACACGUUUGCUAAUUUGAUUUAGCUAUUCAUGCAUAAUUCUGAUACCUACUUUAUGAAGGUAUCAAAUUUAGGCUUAAAUAGCCUUAAAUUGCCAUUUUUAAGGUGCAUUAAGGGUGCACAUGUGUAGACAUGCAUCCUUAAAGUGCCUUAAAUUAGGCUAAUGCACAUUAAAUGCGCAUGUGUAGACACACCCAGUGGGCUGCGGGCCCCUCAUACCAGCUUUGAACUCGAUUCACAGUACAAGCCUGGACAUCCAGUGCUCCCAGUCUGUCCCAGCACGGGCACCAUUCAUUUCCACUGGAAAGCAAGCGUUGGGGCCAAGGGACACAGCAAGAGACACUCAGGUGAUAUGCGGGUGGCCGCUGGCCAUCACCACGGGAGCGACAGGCAGCCAACGGGGACCAGCCUCUCGUGACGCCGGAAAGUGAGUUACACGCUUGUCUCGUGGGGCAGCCGGUGCUCCUGCUGGGCCCGCACACCCGCACAGCUCUCAGCCCAUUUUACAGCAGAGACGUGGAGGCCCAUGGGCCCCCUCACACCAGAGCACUUCUGGGACCAAAUGCCUUUAUAAUGCGGAAAGCAAAAUGUUCCCAUUAGCCCCUGGCACUUGGACUGGGCCAUGAGAGCAACAAAACGAAGUCAAUGGAAAGGCCUGAUGGCCUCCGAGCUGCUUGCUCCCUUGGCCGGCACAAUGUCACUCCACGCGGGAUGAUGUCCGGCAGGGCCCCUGACGCCAACAGGGUUUGUGCACCUCGCAGCCACGUGCGCACAAAUCCUCCCAGGCAGGAGGGAAACGCUCACUGAGAGCAGGGCCUGGCAAAGGUGCCCGAACCUGAACUCGGGUCUUUCCAAGCUCCAGCAGGUUUGCAACCCACCGCCCAACCCUUUCUCUUCCCGCAGCCGCCUGCCCCCGCUGCCAUCCAGAGCGCCACGGGCUACUGCUCUCUUCUGCCCAAAGUUUAUGAAGAGGAUGAAAAGUGAUGGAGGAGGAGAAAAAUGUCCAACGCCAGGAAUGUCUAGAGCGAAGAAAAGGUCCCGUCUAGUCUGGAGGUACAGGGGAGGACCCGGGUGGGUUGCAAAGUGAAGCACACCCCCAGCGUGACCCUCACAUCGUGACCCUGUUAAAUCCAUGAGCCCCAACCCAGUCAGCCGGGCUGAAAGUGCCCCUGGAAAACCAACAGCACCCCGGGGUGCAGGAAACCAGGAUGCUGAUUCAGUUUAGGGCCUGGUUCCUGCCCAGCGAUCCUAAAUCAAUGCCCCGAGCGAGCGCUUUCCAGCUGGCAUCUUUCCCCAGGGAAAUCAGAGUCCCAGGUCCUUGUGAUCCCUGAAGAUCCCAUGAUCUGUUCACACAGGAACAGGGGUGAUCUGGCCGGAUCCCGGUUUUCUGCUCCCCGUUAUAUUUUAACAUCAUUUGGAUACAACACAAAUUUGCUUCCUGGCUUACUUUGUGUGCUUUGCCACUUGGCUAUUUUCCAUGCCACCGCUGGCUGCAGUUCUGCUGCAGGCAAAAUCAUUCCCGUCCCUGGUUUCUAAAGCAAUACCGAACCCUCCGCUUGGAAAUACCCAAGUCAUUUCUCCUCUGCAUACGGAUGUUUUAUGGCAGUGGGAGAUAGUGUGAAAACUGCUCGUUGGCUUCCUUUUAGGGCGUUUUGUAAAACACGAUGUAUAGCGAGACUUGCGCUGAACAACCACCGAGGCUUUCCUAUAGCCUUAAUCUCAGAGUAUUUAUAGAAGAUGCAUACAUGCAUGAUUAUGGGGCUCUCGAACUGUACAGGGAGGUGAGGCCAGGUAAGCACAAACUAUUUAAAAUGAAAAAACAUUAUCCCCAAUUUACAGACAAGGAAACUGAGGCACAGAGCGAUUAAGAGAUUGCAUAGAAAUCAGAUUCAGGUCUGUAUCCUCUCCUGAAAACCAGCCUCAGCGGCGGCUCUCCAGGUGCUAAAUAGCACCUCCGUCUGAAGGGGAUUCAGGUUAGAGAAAUCCAUUUUGGCACCACAACUGCCUGGAAAAUGAAGACUGCUUUGCCCAGGCAAACCCUGCCGUCGGGCCACUAUCACGUCGGUGACGGUGGCUCCCAAGAACAAAAAGAGCAUCUAUGAGACGAUAUGGAAUAAUUUGUCCCUUAUGAAACCCAUCCCGGUCGCAAAUAGAAAUCAGUUUAGAUCUUCAAGCACGUGGUUUUACUCCUUCCUCCCAAAAAAGAACGACCUCUGAGCAUUAGCCAUUGCAGUGCUUGGAUUAAAAAUCAACCCCACAUUUGCAGGUUCAGCUGCAGGAAAGGCAGCCUUUCUCCCAUAAUGUAAAUCAAUAACUACAGAUAAAGACCUGGCCUUACACAAUCCCUGGAGCAGGCUCCCCAAAAGGUAGUGGCGUCUCCAACCUUGGAGGUGUUGAAGACCCAGGUAGACAAAGCCUUGUCUGGGAUGAUGCAGUUGGGGCUGGUCCUGCUUGGAGCAGGGGGUUGCACUAGAUGUGACCUCCUGAAUCCCUUCCCACCCUCCUGGUCUGUGAUACUAUGACAAUCUCCCCCGGAGACCCUAGGACCAAGGGCAGGACCCACGGGGUUAAAUGCUCUAAAAAUUCAGAAAUGAAAACUACUGAAAACCAUUCUGAUGUGCUAGUUUUACGGCGUGUCCCAAAAUGCCGCCUGUGCAAAAGCCAAGACUGUCAGGCCCUGAUUAUAAGCAACUCCAUGUAUAAAUAAAGUGGAAUUGUUUCGGUUCUUUUGGAGGAUUAAAAACGCUGACUUCGAAUCACAGCAGCGCAGUAUUACAAGGCCAGAUAUUCUCCAUCCAGCCCCUCUCACGACGGUCUUGGCUUCUGCGACAUCUCCAGGCCACGCGUCCUGCGGCCCAUUCACACGCAGAGCAAAAAGGUCUGUCUUCUUAUCGGUUUUCAGCCUGUGCCUUUCCGAUUCGGUGAACGCGCCUUGCUCUCGGGCCAGGAGGCAGAGGGCAGAAAAACUCGCGCUGUGUCUCCUCUCAUUUCGGUUGCUCCAAGGGGAGCGGUUUUGCUUGCAAUUCUCAAGCAGCGCGACCAGGCUGCCUGAUGUUAAAAUGAAAACAGAAAGAAACUCAAAAAUCCCCCCCAAAACAGUAGAAAAAUCUGGACUGCUGGUAGUUUAAACCCGAAGCCAUUCCUCCAGCCCAUGGACCAGCCCUGCACCACUCAUCCACGGGGCCAAAUGGGUUUGGAGAAGAGGAGACGGAGAAGAGGUCUUCUCCCCUGAUGCCAACCCUGCUCUAUGGCACGUGGUGGAAGCCGGUACCGUUAACGAUGAAACCAUUGGGGUCAACGCUACCGAUCGUCAUGCAUUGCCCAUCCAUUGCUCGCGGGGCGGGAGGGGUGUCGAACAAACCCCUGCACCCAGCGGACUUCUCUCUGUUCCCAUCAUUGCCCGACUUCGAGUGCUAAUCCUAACUCUACGCGAGCCUGGCAACAGAUGCUUAACGAAACUCUUCAUUUCCCCUGGUUUCGCCCUGUUCUCCUUCUAACAGACGACAGCCCUGGUCAGCCCGUUCUCCGCCUGUCCCGUUCCUCUCUGCCCAUGCAAAACGAGCAGGCGUGGGUGAAACGGGAAUAAAUCAUACAUGUCCACACUGGUUGAGCAGCAUUUUUCUCCUCGUCCUCAGCACAGCAGUACCCAGGGUCUAACACUCGGUCCCUGCUUUGUGAAAUCUCACCCGUCUUUAUUGCACUGGAUCUUUAGCUUGCUGGAAGCGACGCCUGCGACAGUCCCGGCGGUCUGGGAAUCGACCGCGGUCAAUGUAAGGGGUUCAUUACUGUGGCUGCCAGACAUAGGGAGAGCUUGUGGGUCUCAAGCUACCAGACCAGAUAACACUAGGAGCGCCUUUGAAACAGUCUCUUGAAACCAGAACGAAGGUCUCAUGGGAAAGACGAACAAAUAAAUCGACAAGGUGACUAAAUAAUGGUUCUCAAAAUAUGCAACCAAGCCAGAGGUUGCCUUUGGCUGAGUUCACGGCCAAACGCAAGCUCGUGGUCUCCAUCUUACAAAUAAACUCCUCAAGCUUCACUCUUCGAACACAUGCACCACUCAACGGUACGGCAACAACGCAGGAUAAUACUGCACGAAGGUUGCAACGGGAAACGCGCGGGCAUGAGGACGUGAAGGGGGCAGGAGGCAUUACGGUCAGAGAAGGAACUGGGAAACUCCAGCGCCUCCCUACCCGGCAAAUCCACUCCCUCUGCAUUUCUGAAAUGAAGCUGUUGCUAAAAGAAAGACUUUGCUCCUUUUUACUCCUGGUGCAUGUGUAAACCACCGCCGCGGCUGCAAAGAGGCCCUUGGUUCCCCGCCAGCUCACGGGGGGAGACGAGUUGCUCCCCAGAUCCCAGGCUAUAUUCCUGGUGAGAGUGCAGAAGUCAGGCUGUCACCGGAGAAAACCGGACGUGGAGCUGCCGAGACGGAAAAGAAAGAAGGAAGCCUGCCAAUGUUUUUCCAAGGGAAUCAUUUUCCAGAGCCUAAUUUCCACGGGAAUUAUGCUCUCGACCUGACGCUUCUAAAAGCAAGAAAAUCACCCGGAUUCAGGGCACAGUAACCAAGAGCACGCCUGAGCUCGAAGUUUCUCGGAGGAGUGCUGACUCACUCCCGCUGUCGACAUGCCAUUGUUUAUACUGGUGCUAUUCUCUUUAAAUGCACGCCGGAUUUAGAAGGAUUUCAAGAGCAAUGCAGAUAGCGCAGGCCGGGUUUGCCACGCGGCUACGUGAGAGUCAGUCUGGGAAUCGCAACUUUACCGGCCCCGAUUUUUAAGUGCCACGCUGCCGUCCGCAUGACUCCCGACUCCAGGCUCACGCCGCAAUCCCUUCCCUGAGUGCCGGGCAUGUGUUUUCUCAACUUUGCUACAUGAUUUCAUAGACAUAAAUCAACCGAUGAGAACGCGCGCUUUCGUCUCCGUGUCCACCGCUUGCCCGUCACAGUGAGCGUCUAUAUGAGACAGGAAGGACCUGCUCGUGCCCGACACACCAGGGACAGUGAGACGGGACCUUGCAUCUCCUAAUGGAAAUCGUGCCCCUUGUGUCCAAAACCUACUCCCAACAUCCAGACCCAACUCUUUGUCCCAAGCCUCAUGUGACGCCAACGUCCACUGCCACCAGUGGGACUGAGAGCGAGUCCAGCCGCGGCUCUCCGUCCCUCGCCUUUGCAGCCAGCCAGACCCAAAGCCAGUGCAAAGGAGGAAGAAGAGCAGACAUUUUCUCCCCUGACGUCAUGCAUCUCACUCCAGCUUCCUAGCACGUAGCACAUGUCUGCUGGGAACCCCCGCGCCCCGCGUACUCCCCCUCCGACCAUUUUACAGACAGGGAAACUGAGGCAUGCCUUACCCAAGGUUUCCAAAGCAGGUUUGUGCUUGAGAGCGCCCGGCUCCCAGGCCUGUACUCAACUCACUUCCACCACAAGCAGUCGUUCCCCCCCACCCCUCUUUCCAUGUGCGGCCUAUUCCCCCCAGCAAAGAGCUGCAGGCUUCGUGGGUUGUGGGUCACACCGUUCCUCCUGCUGGAGGUGGGGGAAAAAUUUUCCCCUGCAGAAAAAAGUGGGGUCAGGCCCUAAACCACAACUCGGGGGGGACAGGCUUCCCCCACCCCAAUUCUCGGGAGCACCCACAUCUCCCUCGACAAAACGGCUCGCACGCAGCCGCCCAGAGGGACCCCCUCCAUCACACCCAUCCCCUGAGAUGCCCACUGGGGGGAAAGUGGAGGAGCUGCUUUCAUCGGGGGGUAGCGUGGAGCACCCCCUGCAAAGCAGAGAUGUGCAAAGUGGAGUUGGCCGAGCUGUGCGUGCAUCCGCCACACACGCAGCUGUCCACACCCCCGCCAGCCUGCACACCAAGCCACAGCCCCUCCUGGCUGCACCAACACGUGCAGCACGCUACACGCCCAGCAAACCCCCUCCACGAAGUGACAGACGCCACGCGUGCGCACGCUCGCAUCAGUGCCAUGUGAACCGCAUCCGCUCCUACACACGUGGACACAGAUACCGCACCAAAAGGACCGGGCGUCCAGCAAAACCCCACAGCCCCACUUGCACAGACCGAUGCACACAGUGCACAAACUGUGCAGACACUACCAUUCAAACCCGCAACCGUGCCCACGCACACCGACGUGGGCACAGCGCACUAGCAACACAGACACCCAGCACCAAGGUCUCACACACACGCACAUCAAGCCCCCUUCUCCAUAUGCACACACACACAAACCAUGCACACACACCUCAACAUGGCAGACAAAACCGCAAUCCUUCCUGCGCACGUCCAAACAUAUGCCGCCAUGUAAUCCCGCACACACCUUGGCAUCGGCACAAACCCACAACUGCACGCAGCUGUGAGCAGAUGUGUUGUGCUUGGCCUGGCGACGUGUGUUCCUGUCCUCACCUCCAGGCCUGUACCUAGGCUCCUGGCAGCCCCGGGCAAACUUUUAGUAUCGAGCCCCCCUUCACCAGCAAUAAUGCUAAUAAUAAUUGGACAAUGGGGAAAAAUUACCGUUUUCCGGUCCUCUUUCUGUCUAGGCCCCGGUUCGCCCAUGCCUGUGUCCGGCUCUACUCCCCUCAGGGUGUCCGGCCCAGGUUUGUUAUCCAUUAACUCAGUUAAAUGGGAGCAAACAGCCCUACGUUACACCCCAUGCUCUGAGGACACCCCUGGAUAUUGUGCCCAGCCUUUGCUGAGCUGGGACCCAAAGGGAAGGGAAGGGACAAGGAUUUCCUCGAGCCCCUCAACCUUCCUGGGGGCCUGCUCCAGAUGUGGCCUGCCGUUCCAGCUGUGCCCAACUCCAGGUGCAUCUCUGCAGCUGCCUGUCCCGAGGAGGAGAGGAGACAGCUGCCAACAAGCGUCCCAGAAAGGGUCUUGGUGGGGACCGGAGGUGGGAGCCUUCGCGUCUCUCUUCCCUUGGGCUGGUUGAGGCCCCGGACUCGAGCUGCUGAACGCGGCGAGGGGGGAGGGCUCGUCGAGGCAAUUAGCACUUCCCUCAUCUGAAAUAAAAUGUGUGCACGCGCGCUUCUAUAUGGGGCUGCGCGUUUCUCACACGUGCAAAAGUGCGUGCCUUUUAUAUAAGAGGGACGUGUGGGUGGGGUAUUACAUACAAAAUGGUGCCCGCGUCUUCCAUAGGAGGCAGCACGUAUAUCGGAUACGAGGAGAGGACGGUCCGCAGUGUCACCGCGUCUCGGAUGGGAAGCGUGUGCGUGCACAGCAGACCCCGGGCGUGUGCACGCGUGACAUCCGUACAACUCAGACCAUAGUAAUACAUGAAAUGUUUUUCUGAAAGCCGGCCGCCGACAUGAAUAAUGACAGGAGGCACACAGCGGCACGUAUGACGGCAACCACGGCAAAGAACGGCUUUCUCCCGGCCAAGUUUUGACCUCUCUCACAGGCUUUAGGACAAAGGCAUUUGAACCGAUUGGU